CAUGGUGCCACGGUGUUAGGGUGGAGAGGGCUUCUUCCUCCCGGCGAAGAUGGCGGCUCCCUUAACUCUGGUUUUGAUUGUAGCUGUUACAAUUAGAGCUGUACUCUUCAAUUCGAGUUUGGCCGAGCUUAUAUCGGAGAGAGUGGAAGUUGUAUCUCCUUUAAAUGCCUGGAAAAGAGUUGUGGAAGGCUUGGCCCUGCUGGAUUUGGGAGUGUCGCCCUAUUCCGGGGAUGUGUUUCAUGAAACACCGCUCAUCAUUUAUCUUUUUCACUUCGUCAUUGAUUAUGCAGAUAUCGUGUUCAUGAUAGCAGAUGGCAUUACAGCUGUCGCGUUGUACCUGGCUGUACAGGACUAUAACAAGGGUGUGUUCAGGAAGCAGAAGUACGCUCUGGAGGCUGACCGGUACCCACACGACUGCCUGGAGCUCAUCAGAACCCCUAAAGAGAUGUACUACAUCCCUCUCAAAGUGGCCGUGUUUUACUUGUUGAACCCAUUCACUAUACUUUCCUGUGUGGCCAAGUCUACCUGUGGGCUCAACAACGCGGUCAUCGCUCUCUUCAUCCUGAGCACCAUCAAAGGAAGUGCCUUACUGAGUGCCAUUUUUCUGGCCCUGGCCACGUACCAGUCCAUCUACCCCCUGACGCUGUGCGUGCCAGCGCUGCUCUUCCUACUUCAGAGGCUGUACAUCCCCGUGAACGUGCGGCGGCCCAGCUUCUGGCUCUUCACCGUGCAGUACGCCGUCAUGUUCCUGGGCAGCCUGUCCGUCAUCGUCUGCCUCUCCUUCUUCCUGCUCAGCUCCUGGGACUUCAUCCCGUCCGUGUACGGCUUCAUCCUGUCGGUGCCGGACCUCACCCCCAACAUCGGCCUGUUCUGGUACUUCUUCGCCGAGAUGUUUGAGCACUUCCGCCUCUUCUUCAUCUGCGUCUUCCAAAUCAACGUCUUCUUCUACACCAUUCCGCUGUCAAUCAAACUCAAGGAGCAUCCAGUCUUUCUCAUAUUCAUGCAGAUUGCCAUCAUCUCCAUCUUUAAGUCCUACCCCACGGUGGGGGACAUCGCCCUCUACAUGGCCUUCCUGCCCGUUUGGAGCCACCUGUACAGAUUUCUGAGGAACAUCUUCCUGGUUUGCUGUGUGCUAUUGGCUUGCUCCGCCCUGUUUCCUGUCCUCUGGCACCUGUGGAUCUACGCUGGCAGCGCCAACUCAAACUUCUACUACGCCAUCACCCUGCUCUUCAACGUUGGCCAGAUACUGCUGGUGUCGGACUACUUCUACGCCUACCUGCGGAGGGAGCACCACCUGGCGCACGGGCUGUACCUGAAACGCAAGGACGGGAGCGAGGCCACGCUGGUGCUCAAGUAGAUCUGGGCAUCGUAGCAGUGGGCGUGGCUCUGACAUCACCACAGCGCUCGACUCCUCCGGGGUUUCAUUGUAAGAUACGUCUGUUUGGCUUUGUUCUGCGGAGCUGCUCCUCACAGACCAACGUCUCGGAAUUCUGAGGGCACUCUGGACAGAAGCUGUGAAGUUCAUGAGCCAAGAAGCACUGUAGGACCCAUGCCCUCCUGCAGACUACUGGAGGAUUGUGGGAUUUGUAGUCUUACCAUGUUUUUUUGCAUCUUUGCAUCUCCAUCUUUCACUAUGAUUUUGGAAAGGACCAGCAAACUCUCUCCUCUCAAAAGCACAAGCAGCCCAACCACAUUGUGUCUCUUUGCCUGUCAGAACACUCCUGCAGUUCAGGCCUGGGCCUGCAGAGGGCAGCAUGUGAAUGUGUGUAGGAAUUCUUUCACUGUGGGUCUUGUAGAGAGUGACUCAACAAGUGAAUAAAAUGAAAACUUGGAGGGGG